AUGACCCAGGGCAAGCUCUCUGUGGCUAACAAGGCCCCCGGGACCGAAGGGCAGCAGCAGGCACAGGGGGAGAAGAAGGAGACUCCGACUGUGCCCUCGGCCCCGCCCUCCUACGAAGAGGCCACCUCCGGGGAGGGGCUGAAGGCAGGGUCCUUCCCCCCAACCUCCACGGCUGUGCCUCUCCACCCCAGCUGGGCCUACGUGGACCCGAGCAGCAGCUCCAGCUAUGACCGCGGUUUCUCCACUGGACACCAUGAACUCUUCACCACCUUCAGCUGGGACGACCAGAAAGUCCGCCGCGUCUUUAUCAGAAAGGUCUACACCAUCCUGCUGAUCCAGCUGCUGGUGACUUUGGGCGUCGUGGCUCUCUUUACCUUCUGUGACCCUGUGAAGGAUUAUGUUCAAGCCAAUCCGGGCUGGUACUGGGCGUCCUACGCUGUGUUCUUUGUCACCUAUCUGACCCUGGCUUGCUGCUCUGGACCCAGGAGGCACUUUCCAUGGAACCUGAUUCUUCUGACCGUGUUCACCCUGUCCAUGGCCUACCUCACUGGGAUGCUGUCCAGCUACUACAACACCACAUCUGUGCUGCUGUGCCUGGGAAUCACAGCCCUCGUCUGCCUCUCGGUCACCAUCUUCAGCUUCCAGACCAAGUUUGACUUCACCUCCUGCCAGGGCGUGAUCUUCGUGCUGCUCAUGACCCUUCUGUUCAGUGGACUCAUCCUAGCCAUCCUCCUGCCCUUCCAAUACGUGCCCUGGCUCCAUGCAAUCUACGCAGUGCUGGGAGCGGGCGUGUUUACGUUGUUCCUGGCAUUUGACACCCAGUUGCUGAUGGGUAACCGUCGCCACUCGCUGAGCCCCGAGGAGUAUAUUUUUGGAGCCCUUAACAUCUACCUGGAUAUCAUCUACAUCUUCACCUUCUUCCUGCAGCUUUUUGGCACCAACCGGGAUUGA